AGUUGUGUGAUCCAGUAAAUCCGGCGGUUCUGACGGUGCUGUUUCCAAGAAGCGCAAACAAUAUGAUGUCUGCUAUAGAGAAUGGUGCCCCCGUGUACCAACCUGCACAGCUGCUCAACUGGGUCUACAUGUCCUUGCAAGACACUCAGAGCGGCACUUUUGAUGCGUUCAAAGCCGAGUCGGACACUUCACCUCUGGACAUGAACAUCUCCAAGCGCAGCGCAGCUGAUCUGAGCGCCAACUAUCUCAACAACUUCUUCCACCUGAGGAGUGAGGCUUUGAACAAUAAUUUCUACAAGAGCUCCUCGCCCUACGGGUCCCUCAACAAUAUCGUGGAAGGCCUGAGCUCUCUGGCGGACCAUUUCUCAGACCUGUCUCUGUCCCCCGAGACACGCAAACCCAGCAAAAGGCCGCCGCCCAACUACCUGUGCCACCUCUGCUUCAAUAAAGGCCACUACAUCAAAGAUUGCCCUCAGGCUCGACCCAAAGGUGAAGGCCUGACCCCGUAUCAGGGAAAGAAGAGGUGUUUCGGUGAAUAUAAAUGCCCGAAAUGCAAGAGGAAGUGGAUGAGCGGGAACUCCUGGGCCAACAUGGGACAAGAAUGUAUUAAGUGCCACAUCAACGUCUACCCUCAUAAGCAGCGACCUCUGGAGAAACCGGACGGCUUAGAUGUAUCGGACCAGAGCAAAGAGCAUCCGCAGCACCUGUGUGAAAAGUGCAAAGACCUCGGCUACUACUGCCGCCGCGUGCAAUGAAAAGAACACUCUACUUGCCUUACGAACCACUUUCGAAGCUUUAUAAAAAAACGGGAGAUGUAUUUUAUUUACAAAAAAAUACAUGAUCAUUUACCCUAUAUGCAUCUAACGGUUUUAUUCUCAUGACACUGUGACUCUGUAUUUUUGUAUUUGUUUUAAGUAUCUCUCCAUGGAGUCGAGUACUUUAUAUUUGCUGGGUUCUUGUAACUUACUCAGUUAUCAUUAUGUGAAUAUUCAUUUGAAGUCUUAAUUAUGAAGCUUACCAACUGUGAAUUAAAAAAAGCUUACGUUCUGUGUUCGGUCUUCACUCAUGUCUAACAUGUUGGAACAAAGGUUUCCAGAUGAAGAAUAUUCUCUUUUACAUGUGUGUAUAUUCCAGAAAUAACUUAAAUGUAAUGUUUCUGUAUAAAAUAUG